CAAAGGCACAAAGCAAAAGAGCAGAGCAUUGGAAGAUUUGCCGUGCCCAAGGAAAAGUGAACACACCGCUCGCAUCGCAGGCUGUUUCCAGGAAGCAAUCCUGAGAUGCGGAGGUGGGCGGUGGUGAUGGCGGCCGCGGUGGCCGUGACCGGGAUACUGAUGAUCAGCAGCAGCUCGAGUAGGAGUGGGGUUGCAAGCGCAGCAGCUACAUGGUGCAUAGCUCGGAGCGGGGCGGGGGCGAAGGCACUGCAAACGGCACUGGAUUACGCGUGCGGGUCCGGGGUGGCGGACUGCGCGCCGGUGCAGCCCAGCGGGUUGUGUUACCUCCCUAACUCCCUGGCGGCCCAUGCCUCCUACGCCUUCAACAGCUAUUACCAGCGCUCCAAUGCCGCUCCCGGUGCCUGCGACUUUGCCGACACCGCCACAGUGACAGUCACCGACCCCAGUUAUGGAUCUUGUACAUACCCUUCAUCUGCAAGAACAGCAGGAGGCUCAACAAAUGCACCAAGCACCAACACUGCCUCUGGUAUGCCAGCCACAACCUUAGCACCGCCAACUCUAGGUGGUACCGAUGGUGAAGUUGAUGGGCUGGGUCCUCCAGGAUUUGACUCGACGGUGCCAAAUGUGGAUAUGUCUUUUGUUUCUCCUUUUCUCCCGAUUCUGAUAACGAUUUUAAGCAUCUCCAUUUUUUCAACUCUAAUGUAUUAGUUAGGCUUCUGCAGUUUUGUUCAGAGUAUUGGUAGCACUUCACUGCAGCUUUGAGGUGAACUGUGGUGUAGAUUGUGGACAAUCUUUCUUUUUCGUUGCGACACUUAGUUGUGUAAUAUGUGAUUUUAUGGAUUUUUGUAGCAGUCACAAAUCUAAGCAUUACUUGUA